GCCGGGCGAGCUUCAUGUCCGCGCUGCGAGCGCUGCUCGGGCUCGGGCUUCUGGCAGCCGGCUCGCGCCUGAGGCGGGUCCCGGGCCGGGCCGGAGCCUGCCCUGCGGGGUCCGCGUGGUGGGAGGCGCGGCGACCACACUCGGGCGGCGGCGGGGAGCCGGCAGGCAUGGCGAGCCCUGCGGUGAAGUACCUGAGCCAGGAGGAGGCCCAGGCGGUGGACGAGGAGCUGUUCAACGAGUACCAGUUCAGCGUGGACCAGCUAAUGGAGCUGGCUGGGCUGAGCUGCGCCACAGCCAUUGCUAAGGCCUACCCCCCCACGUCCAUGUCCCGGAGCCCCCCCGCGGUCCUGGUCAUCUGCGGACCUGGAAAUAACGGAGGAGACGGCCUGGUCUGCGCUCGGCACCUCAAGCUCUUUGGCUACCAGCCAACCAUUUAUUAUCCCAAAAGGCCGAACAAGCCACUCUUCACCGCAUUGGUGACCCAGUGUCAGAAAAUGGACAUCCCUUUCCUCGGUGAAAUGCCCCCAGAGCCCAUGCUGAUUGAUGAGCUGUAUGAGCUAGUGGUGGAUGCCAUCUUUGGCUUCAGCUUCAAAGGUGAUGUUCGAGAGCCAUUCCGCACCAUCCUGAGUGUCCUGGAUGGGCUCACUGUGCCCAUUGCAAGCAUCGACAUUCCUUCAGGAUGGGAUGUGGAGAAGGGAAACUCUGGAGGGAUCCAGCCAGACUUGCUCAUCUCCCUGACAGCACCCAAAAAGUCUGCAACCCAAUUCACUGGUCGCUACCACUAUCUGGGAGGUCGUUUUGUACCACCUGCUCUAGAAAAGAAGUACCAGUUGAAUUUGCCACCUUACCCUGACACUGAGUGUGUCUACCGUCUUCAGUGAGGGAAGAUGAAUGGGCAUUCUUCCCAAUAAAGACUUAGUGACUCUCUCCAGA